AUGUCCGCGAUGGAGCCACAACCUCACACUACCACAUCGAGCGCAGCUCGUUCACCCGAACGUCGUGCAUCUGCGUAUGCGGGCUGGUGCGAUGCAGUCACCAGCCUUCGGAGAGAGCUAAAACCUAUUCAUACCACUGAACCACGAACCGGUGCAUCCGCUGCACCGACCGACGCCGCGCCAGCCGUCCGAAGAAACCCGCCUCGCGCCGCGCGAGCUCAGAAACGACCUCGAUCUCCCGACAUUGCCAAAGAAAGUCGCAAGCGUCGUCGCGCGGACGAUGUGCCGCCAGUGAAGACGACAGUAUCGCGCCCAUCAUCGGGGCCAAGGAGAAAGCGUACCAGACGUAUGGCGGCGGAAGUGCAUAAGAUGCGGUGCGAGGCCGAAGACGCCCGGAGACUCGUCGCGGAGACGCAUGAGACGAUAACGCUAGCUGCUGCCAGUGUUAAGAACCUUGUACAGGACAUCAAUAUGAUCAGCAUCUCUCGCCCGACUGCAUCCUCACGCGAGGAGGUCUCGAGGAGCGAUACGGUUAAACCUACACCCAACCAUAUCGGUGGUGACGCCUCGCUUCAAGAUCUCAGACCUAUACAAUCCGCGAUCCAGAAUCCACCCAAUGUCAAGACCGGCAUUGCUGCCUCAAGAGCGACACAUUUGGUUGGUUCAAAGAAUACCGGCGGGUCACACUCCGUUACAGACCGCCGUGCUUCUGUCAAGGCCCUUCCGGACCUGGGGAACAUCGGUGGUUGCACAUGCCGACCAACUCGCGUUCAACGGAGACGCAUCGCCAAAACGAAAUUUCUGCGGCCCAGACCUCGCGUUGGCGUCGAUUCGCAGGGUCUACCGUUUCGAGACUGGACCGAAUACCCGUUGGAAGAAGAUGACAACCCAAAUGAGAUCCGAUGGCUCAAGCGAGAGAGCAUCGUCGAGUGUGAGCUCUACUAUGACAACCGGAACGGAGGCCACGCCAUCGAGGCCACGCUGCCUGUAUCGCGCUGUCCGCGACGCCGCAGGGUGUUUGCAAAGCAGCCCAGAACCCAAUUUCGAAACAUCCCUCCGCAGGUUUUCGACGCGUUGGAAGGGUGGCACGUAGAGAUGGGGCGAUGUGAGAAGUGCCUCACCAGGGCUAUGCGCUCGUUACCAUUGUGGGUUGUUGGCGUGACGUCGACCCGUCACGAGGGAUUUGAGGAUGGGUCGCCUGUCUUCGUCAAUGCCGCAAGGGACGAGAUGGUCGAAUGGGAUGAAGACAUUAGGGGAUGGCGACAUCUGGUACUCGACUAUUAUCGGUGGGUGCCUGUCGAAGAACUGGAGGUCAGACCCUCAGACAGCGAAGCCGAUCCCAACAUCGUAAACGGGACGUGUAGCGAACCCAUCCCGCUACAGGCAUGGAUUACUUACGACGAUUAACCAUAUUCUGUCUGUCGCGAGCGGUAUCGUCAUGUAAUACUCAUUGUAGAUUUC